AUGAGAGCUUUCACGAUCUCCAGAGCUGUGCGAUCUAGUGUCGCUCGACAGCAAGGCGCCCUUCAGACCCGAUACCUGAGCACGACACGAUCCUUCAGACAGACUCCAACACAGUCCUCCUCCGAGGGGCCUCCAGAGAAGCCGAUCAACUUCUACGGCACACAUGGACGGGCAUUCUUCAAGGCCAUCACACUAGCAUUCCUCACCUACCAAAUCGCCUACUGGGCAUGGUUGACGCUAGAGACCGAAGAGAUCAAGGACCAGAAAACCCGCGAGAUCAAGUCUCUGGAACAGGAGGUUAGAUCACUAGACGACAACAGAAAAUCACAGAGGCCUGGAAGCUGA